GCUUAAUUUGUCAGCUGUUUAUCAUCAUUCUACAACUGUAGUCAGUCGCUCUUAUUCGUAACAACAACCUUACAAGUGACGAUAAAAAUCCAUUAAAUUUUCAGCGUAAAUGAGUGAUAGAAUGGGUAUUGUGGCGAGAAUAAAAUGGAUUCUUCUUCCAUUCAUUCUUGAAUUUUUGGAAAUUUGUUCGGCCUUGAAUAUUGCUGUUAUCGGAGCUGGCCCAUCGGGUAUUGUUAGUGCAAAGAAUGCCAUUGCCCAAGGACACAAUGUAACCAUUUUUGAAAAAACUGGGACACUCGGUGGAAUAUGGUACUAUACAGAGGAAACUGGCACGGAUGAAUACGGUGUUGAAAUUCAUACUCCAAUGUAUCGUGACCUCACAACUAAUUUAGCAAAACAUCUUAUGAUAUUCCCGAACGUACCUCCGUAUACAUAUCCAUAUGGAACUCCAUCAUAUCCAUCACAUGAAGAUGUUUGGAAAUAUCUGAAUUCUUUUGCUGAAGAGUUUCAUGUAAAGGAACUCAUUCGAUACCAUCAUUUUGUUGACAAAAUUGUUGUUAAGAAGAACGGCAAGUGGGAAGUGACUGUUUUAAGAAAGAAUUUAUGCAAACAAAAACAAAAAGAGACUCAUGAAUUUGACGCUGUUUUUGUUUGCUCUGGCAUUAACUUUGAAAAACGAAUCCCAAACAUUGAAGGAGCCUGCAAAUUCAAGGGAAAAACUAUGCACAGUCGUGACUACCGUAUACCUGAAACAUUCAUUGGAGAGAAUGAAUCAAUCUUGGUUAUUGGAAAAGGUCCUUCGGGCUAUGAUAUAGUAGAGCAACUUAAAAAAGUUGGUAUCUCAGUAGUGCACAGCUCCUACCAGUCAAUAUCUCUUGUGGAAAAAAUAUUAGGAACGGCAAUAGCUUUCUGUGAACCCAAAGAUUUUCACGAUGAAUGCGAAAAGCCAGACUGCAACCCGGUCGCUGAAUCUGGUAAAGUAAGACGUUUCAUGGGUAAAAAUCAGGUUGAAUUUCAAUAUGGUCCGUGCCUAAAUUUUUCAAUGGUUAUCUAUGCAACAGGCUAUAAAUUUUCAUAUCCAUUUUUGGAUAAAAGCGUUGGUAUUCGUGUCAAAGACAAUUAUAUCGAACCAUUGUACAUGCAUAUUUUAAAUAUUCAACAUCCAUCCAUGGCAUUUAUCGGUGUCGCUUACGGUGGAAUAAGUUUUAAAAUGUAUGAGUUGCAGUCUCGUUUUGCGUUGAAAUUCAUCACUGGAACGAAACCACUUCCAUCACAGAAGGAAAUGCUGGAUUAUUCCAAGAAUAUAUCGCUUAAAGUGAAACCACAUCUAUUGGGAAGAGGAGCUGAAGACUACUAUUCCAGUUUGGAAGCAGUGGCUGAUAAUUAAA